AUGAGGGACACCCCCAGUUCAGUCAAUGAGUCAAAUACCGACUCUUCUGAUGACAGUGACGAUUCUGAAGAGGAGGAGGAGGAAGACGAAACCAUGAGGGAUACCCUCAGUCUAGCAUACAAUCCACCUAACGACAAUGGAGACAAUAGGCCGUUAUCUUCCGACGAUGACCAGGAAGAUGGGGUGGCGCUUUCUGACGAUGACCAAGAAGAUGGGAUAGCGCUUUCUGACGAUGAAGAAGAAGAGGGGAUAUUGUCUUCUGACAAUGGUCAAGAUAAAAAUGAAGAAGCUAAGGCGGACGAUUUUAGACCUCAACUUGGAGCUAUGUAUUUCGCUCUUACUUCUUCUCCAAGGGAGCCACGAUAUACCUUUCCUUUCCCCAAUAACCCUGAGGCUGGUUCCUAG